AUGUGGGGCAUUUGGGAGACUCCGAGAACUGGAAGGAACGCUCACGUCUCUGAGUGGUUGAUAGCUCAAGGCGCACUCGCUCGUAGGGCGGAAUGGGGGCCGGGAGCGAAUCAGGAGCGAACCAGGAGCGAACCAGAUGGCAAGGGACCUGAGACCACCACCCACACCCACGGCAAAUCAAAGUAUCGUCUUAAUUCUUCCAUUUGCGCGAGGCGUUCUUCUUUACUGUCGUUGGGCGCAUUUCUCUCAGCCCCAGCCCGCAGGGCAGUUUUACCUCUCCACUGCAACUUUGCAACUGGAACUCCCGACCGACCGUCCUCGACCUCAGACUCAGAGUAA